UGAUCUGAUCGCGCUUAUGUUCAGUCGCGUCGCCGAUGAUCGAUAAUGACAAGGCUCAGGCUAUGCUCGCGUUCGCGCUUCUCUCGACGCUUUUCGUCCUAUCGGGCAUUCGUACCGCCGGCGACGGUCUCGACUGGGACUCUCCGAGAUCGCCCGUGUCGGCCGUAAUUGCAAGGAAUAUCCGCGGACGCGCUUCGUGUAUAGAACCAAUUUUUCACGGGGACUUCGUGCAAUCGUCGCAACGCCGUCUUCUCGAACAUCCACGCAGGGCCAAGCAGGUCUACCGCAGCCAUGACUACAAUGUCGCACGAAGACAUCGUCGGUCUCGAAGUAAGCUCGACGAGGGCAGGCCUUAUCGUUCGUCAGCUGUGAAGAACAACGAAGAUGAGAACGAGGAGGAAGAGGAGGAAGAGGAGGAGGAGGAACAAGAGGAAGAAAAUGAGGGCGACGAGGAAGACAAGCUCGACGACGAGGGCGCCGACGAAGAGACCGCGGAGCAGGCCGACGAAGAAACGGUCGCGGUGGCCGCCAGGAAUCGUGUAGCGAGAUCCGGCUACGUGCCGCUCGGGGGUGAAGCCGAUGAGCGCGAGAGACGGGAAGCCGCGAGGACCGGAUCGGCCAGCGACGAGUGCGAGGACGAGCCGACGGAGCCGUCGCAAUAUUACGAAUACGAGGCCGAGGUGAGAAAUGUCGCGUCUCAUGAUCCCCGAGGCGUCGAACGUCGAGCGACACUGAAGACCCUCGGCACGAGUUUACUGAUUCUCCUGUUCACCUGAGAGGCCCGAGAGAUCUGUUGCUAAGAAGUUUUCCACCGCGAGCGAGACCAAUUGUGCGCAAAAUGCGCGGUGUAAUAAAUUUCUGCGAAUCUCCACGAGUCUCUCGUCUGAAUUAUUCGCCGAGUAUCGUCUAUUGUAUAUUAUGGUUCAUCAAACAUCCUCUAUUGCACGCUCGCUUAAUGCGGGAUAGAGAACGAAAGUUCCGAGAGUGUUCGAUGAUCGACGGCCCCGAAAUUCGGCUCGAACGGUCACGGCAAUUCGGGCGAACGGCACGAAUACGUAACGGGUCCGGAAUUAUUUUUUUUUUACAAGCCGGGUCAGCGACACCGAAUGUCGAGAGGAACUCGUGUGGCCGCGGGAUUAAGUUCCUUCUGCGUUUAUAAGCCGUCGCCGCGGGCCGUUUGCGUGGCGAACGCUCCAUCGACGAUCGAUGUACCGUUUCUUUUUUACCUCUAAGCUUAGUACGAAGAAUCCAAAAAGAAUUGCGGCGAAAAUUAUGAAUUAUCUUUCCACCCCAUCUCUGUUCUAAAAACAUUCCUAAAGUCCAGAAAGAAAAUGGCUUUCACGUCGUCAAUUCUCAUUGUGAAAAUAGAAAUUAUACUUUAUAAGAAUUCGCGUCGAAAAGGACUUUCUUUUUGAGUUCAGGUUGAACAGGCAUGGGUUCGUUUUGAGCAUUACAUUAAUUCAGGAAGAAUUUAAGAAGAGAUUUAACAAACUUAUUGCGAUCCCGUGCUGUCUAUGAAAGCCUAUUAAUUCAGACAGCUUUCAUAGCCGCGUUACUGUAUGCCCAAAAGAAAAUUACCUCAUUGCAUUUUUCCGAAAAACACGCGCGCGAAAUGCAAUCGGAUAAUUUUAUCCGCGUACGAUUACGCGCAGCGAGUUUGCCCGGACAGGUCUUGAAACACCUGCGACGCGAGGUUGAUAACGUCGAAAAAAGCGAUUAUAUAUUGAGAAUAAAUAUCUCGCGAGUUAAUUUAA